GAUUCUGUCCGGGAGGAUUCAGAGAGGACUCGUCUUUACAAGGCAGGCAGGCGGCUUUUCGUCCGUAGUUAGCCUGGCUCAGCCAGGCUAAAUUCGAUUGUCGGCUGCGAUGGUGGAGUCUACGUUGGACACCUUGGGACGCUUGUGCUGGCCCUACAAGAGCCUCCCACCAGCGCUCAGCGAGGCUGCGCAGGCAGAGGCCCGCGCAGAGUUUAUCUCCGUGCUCGAGGACCUGCGAAACCCAGAGGCGUCGCUGGGGCUGCUCGGGUACACGGUGCGGCGCCUGGAGCGCCUGCGGGACUACGGCAGGCAGCCCGUAGAUGUCCACGUGCAGAUAGCCGUGGAGCUCUGGAGGCGCGUGCGGCAGCCCGAGCUGGGCUACAGGCUCCGGCGACACCUCGUCGGCAGGUUGCACCAGUGCCUGCGCGGCCUCCGGAAGGAGUUCUGCCCGUCGCGGGGGCUGAAGCCCAUGGGCCCCGCCCAGGUCCCGGCGGAGGCGGGGCCACUGGCGCCGCUGCUGGAGGCGAUCGGCUGGCGCGACGUGCAGGAGAUGCUCCUCGGCGAGCUGGAGCGCUCGCGGAGGGGCGCGCCGCUGGAGCUCUCG